CUUCAAAACUCAACGGGGUACACUGUCAGACAAUGUGAGCAUUCGCACUCCUGUCUCACACAGAGUGCACUCGUGCUCAAAUGGUCCUCCACGCUCGGUGAGCUUCGUCGAUGGAAUGCGAGCGAUGGGGAGGGGAGGAAAGUUUAUGCACAAGAGACGACGGACACCGAUUCAGCACCAAGCCAGCACGCAGGACGUGAAGGUGGGAUGAAAAAUUGCCAGGGAAAUACUGUCCGUCGCGAUAAUCUCGGUUCGCUGGUCUGCUUGUUGAAUUCCAUGUUGGUGGCAAGUUGUCUGUAGGUGUGGGGCCAUACGUUUUGUAUGUCGAGGGAGCAGCUGCAGUCUACAACAAUUACGUUGGAAUGGCUUAGCUUGUAAGCGUUGUCAUCAGCUCUGGAGUCGAGCUGUUGCUUCAGGGGUGAUGAUGCAGUCAAGCAAGCUGUGGAUCGUAACAAAAAUUGUAAGGCAUUCCUCGUGCUGCUUGAGGGUUUGGCACCACUUGUGCAAUUCCUAUGUGAUAGCUCAAAAAAAGGGCAGGGUCAGAACAAGUCAACGCCUGUAACAGAGUGGCUGGAGAAACUUCGAUCCCGACUGGAAGAAGCGGAAGCAUUGGUGCGUGAGUGCAUCAGCCAGGGAUCCAGGCCUUGGAACAUCGUGAAGAACAGAUCCACCUCGAAGAAACUCGUUGAAGUGACUAGGGGAAUCACCGAUCUUGUGGGGCAAGCACCGCUGGUUCAGCUGGGAUACACAAAGGAAACUACUGACGAAGUGAAGAAGAGACUGGAAGUUGCGUGCGAAACAGGUCAUGAACUCAUGUGA